AUGUUGGCGGUUUGCCUGCUGAGUGCCGUGUGGCUCGCGGCGAGCCCAGCCCGCGCUCAGAAUGAGACGGAACCAAUUGUCUUGGAGGGGAAGUGCCUGGUGGUGUGCGACUCCAACCCGACCUCGGACCCAACAGGCACCGCGCUUGGGAUCUCUGUGCGCUCCGGUAGCGCAAAAGUGGCGUUUUCAGCAGUCCGGAACACCAACCAUGAGCCCUCUGAGAUGAGCAACCGGACAAUGGUCAUCUACUUCGACCGGGUAAGAGGAUAGAUAUUCUAUUCUAUUCUAUCCAGCAAAGACAAAAGACCGUCUAAAUUAAAGAAGGAAAUCAAGUUUCCCAAUUGAAUUUUUCAUGUAACUGGGUUUAGUUUUAAUAGGAUAGCACCCGAAAGAGGAGGUAUGUAGUUCAACGCUCAUGUGAAGUUUUAAUGGCACGUGCGGUCACUUAGUGUGUGUAAAACCUAGUGUGGCGGUUGUUAAAAAUAUGGAGGACAGACAAAAAGAGCUCGUUCGGAUGGAAAGGUAAAAAAGGGUAAAUAAGGCAAAGGGUACGAGCUACACAGCUUGAGCGCAGCUGUCUCUCGUGCGCUCCUGGUAAUGGUCUCGUGGAAAGCAGAGAGCAGCAUCAUUCUGGAGGACUAAAACUGGAGCGGAAAUGAUCUGUCUCCGUAACGAUUCUUUUUAUAGGAAAUACGUUUCCAAAGUGGUCGAGAAAGUAAAGCUUGGCGGACAAGCCUUUUGAAUAUUUCAACUUUCCCGAGCUGCCAAUAUGGAACACAGGAAACUGACAUCUCACCAAAUAAUUUAGUAACGGCAGGUCGCGAGGGCGAGGUCCUCCCCGCCUCCCGUUAAAGGUUAAUUCUCUCUCAAACUGCCGUUCAAUUACACGCCAUAGUCCGCCUGCCUUCAUAAAACCAGACAUUUGGCUGCGGGAAUGCAUAAUUGAAAAUUCCAUUUGAAAGAUUGAUUGAGUCCCCUUUCAUUCCGCAUAAAGUAGAAGUUCUGACAGGAGAAAAAGCCUAGAUAAAAGCAGAGUGUUAUUCUGCUACAACUCUGAAUCUGAAUAUGAGGUCCGGGCCCGAGGGGCCUUUUAGAACCUCUUACACACAAUGCGUAAGAGACAGGGGAGUUCAAGUGUUUUCUAGAAACUUUUCGAAAAAGAAAUGAAUAUUUUGCCAGAUGGAUAUGUCUAAGAAGAAAGCCUCGUUUUUUUUUUCAAAAGAAGAAUUCAUGACGAAUAUAAAAGUCAAUUGUUCCCGGAUGCUUAUGUUAUGUGUUUGUCGGGACGUUUUGGCUGUGUGUUUUUAUGCAUCCCUGUGAUAUGAGAGUGCCUUUUACGAGCAGACAUUAUGAAAGAAAACCGCCAUACCCAGUCAACCACUUUCUUUCUUUCUUUCUUUCUUUCUUUCUUUCUUUCUUUCUUUCUUUCUUUCACCAGGUUCUAGUUAAUGUUGGGAAGAAUUUCGACGAGGAGAGAAGUAAUUUUAUCGCACCACGUAAAGGGAUUUACAGUUUUAACUUCCACGUAGUGAAAGUCUACAACCGCCAAACUAUUCAGGUAACAUCGCCUAUUUCCGUCCUGUACGCAUGUGUGAGUGCGUGCGUGUGUGCGUUAGCGCGGGCCACCCCGCACUGUUUUUCCCUCAUCAAAGUUGAAUAUCACCCGCAGUCGAAGUCAUUCUGAAGAUGUUUGAACUGUCUAUCCCGGGAGACAACGACGAGGGCGGGCGUUAGCAGAUGAAAGCUAGUCGCCUGCCACCCGCCGGCCCAAUCAUAAUUAAUCAAUACAUGCACAGAGGAUAGAGUCAAAUCAGGCGCGUGCAGCCGGCAGGAAGACUGAGCGCUGGGAUGAGCGCGAGGAGGGCCACGCGACUCCUGUGGCUGUACUUUCAGCACCAUGGACAGCGUCGUUUCCUCCUCUCUCCCUCUGCGUAUGAAGGGAGGCAGCAGGCAGGCUAAGAUUUUUGAUUAUUUAGAAGAUUAAAACAUUAAAUACAUUUUGAACAGAACAAACAGAGGCAGGCUUUUUAAUUUUCUCUCCCUUUCACACAAAUAAACAAGCUCUCACAUGGGUUUUUCUGUACGAAUAGCGUGUUUUUUCUCCCUGCUUAUUUACUUCUUACACACUUGCAUACACACAGCCUGCAGUGUGCCCCAUCACAGCCCUCCUCUCAUCCUCGUUAUCACCAUGCUUUAGAUGCAGUACCCUCAUUCUUUUGAUGUGUGGAGUGAAGCACUUGAACAGUCUUAAGCUCAUUUCCACCAUUUAACAUGCACUGGUUGAAGCUUCACAGGCAACAUAGCGUUAAUUACAAUGUAUCUCAGGCAAGUUAAACUGUUGUGUAAUUAUGAUGUUAGUUCCCCGCGGCUUUGGCAUUCUGUUUUUCUACUUAUACUUCAUUAUGGGAGUCUUGAAUUAAUUAGCAAGGCAGCAACAAUAACAACAACAUGGAGGGCGGGUGGUGUGUGUGAGGGGGAAGAGCGAUGUCAAGCCCGCCGCUAACUCCUGGUCAUCUUUGUGUGGGGCACUUGACUCGUGUUUAGGCUGUAAUUAAAUCUGUCUGAAUGUAAUAGUGAGAAUGCGUGCCCCAUUGUCAUGAGUACAUUUUCAUAUAUGCAAUUUAAAGUGACCCCAACCCGAAGCCUUCAUAACACCAAGUUUACUUUAGCAUUAAAUCGCUAAACACAGUGAAACAGAAAGCCGUCAUUUUGAGCAUCCCUUGACCAACUGACCUUUACGGCAGCAAUCCUAGCAAAAAAGGGAAGAUUUUCCCGUUUACUUUUAAACCCUCAAAAGCUCCAGACCUUUUGUUGAAUACGAUCAUUUCCAAAGUGAUCCAGAAAUUUCAAGUUUAAAUGCAGCGAGAGGAGGCUGAGCACUGUCACGUUCCUGACACGAAACAGACAGGUGUAGGUUGUCCUCUCUCCUCAAAGCACCCAGCCGCUCACCUUCAACCUCUUCCACUCAUCCUCCCAUCCAUCCAGCGCAUCUGCUGUGUUGAAAACUCCCACUGUUUGAUUGCCUUAGAGGCAGCUACUGCGGUGCAUGCAGGAGAUGAGAGACAGCAGGGAAAGGAGGGCGGCGGGGAUGAAGAAGAUUGGAAGAGGAAGUAAAUAUUAGAAUAAAUGAAAUCAGUGAAAAGGACAAGCUAACAAAUAAAGACUGAAGGACGAGGAGAAGUAAGUGAAAAUGACCAAAAGAAAGACAGCGAGAGAAAACAGAGAAGACAAAAAUUGAAAAAUAUUUCAGAGGAUCCAAAAGUGUAAUAAGUUAAAACAGAGUAAGACAAAAAAGAAGCAGUGGACGGAGAAGGGCAGGGUGGACAGGAAGGAAAGAAAAAGAAAAGGUUAACGCCAAGAGAUAGACAGGGGAAAAGCCAGACAUUGUGAAGAUCUAUUGAUCAGUGGGUGCUUGGUAGAAGUACACAAAGAAAGAAUAAACAUUUUUUCCCCUUCUCAUCACUUGUUUCCAGCACAGGAAUCUGUCUGCCCGUCUGUUUGUGAGGGGUGAGAGGAGUGACGUGGGUGUCAGAAAGCUGCUGUGAACCUGUUUCAUUUUUUUCCUGACAAUUACAUACUGCAAAUUAAACACGGUUUAUUCUUUGAUCAGGAAAGAAAACUAUCACACUCUCUGCACAGCCACCCAUCAGCUGUGAUGACCUCCACUAAUGGAGAGCUUCCUUACCAUGUUUUUUCUUUUUUGACAAUAUACAGUACAUUUCAAACACACUAUAAUGUUGCACGGUUUCAUCUCAGAUGCAGUGAUUUGCAUGUCUUACAUGUGCUGGUGUUCUCAGGUUGGAGUUAAAUUUAAUCAAAUGAAUUCAGUGUCCUCCAGUGAGCAUCUUGUACCUGCAGCUUGGACUAGAAAGCUUGCAGAUCAGAAAGACAAACAGCUGAAAUGCUGGUUUGUUUAAGACCAUAUCACCGUGUAGUGAGGUGUUGGACAGAGGUUAUGAGCGGCAAUUCAGAGAAAAGCAAAACAUAAGCCAGUAGUUAAAUAAUUACGUCUCAGCCUGUCAGAGACAAGUUGACAAAGGUUUUGUUUGAACAAAAGAGGCCUUUUUAAGAGAGUUUGUGUCUUAAUAUUCAGGAAGAUCAUUGAAAAGCGUGGAGUAGAAUGGUAAGGAAAAAAAAGUACUCUAUUGUAUUUUUUUCUAAUAAUCAGAAUGAGUGGUAUUUCACAGUGUUUUUGGGUAUCUAAGCUCUCUGAAUUGGCAUUCAUGAAGCUUCAGGUCACAGCAGCUCUUGGUGAAAGCUUUACAAGGAGCACAUCUAAAAUGCUGCGUGCUGAGUGUGUAUUAAGCUUUUCAUUUUCCCAUCAAGAGAAGAAAACCUGGAGGCACUGCCUCAAGCUGCUGAUAGCACACUGCUCUGAUAAUAACUUAUUUUACCUUUAACGCCAUGCUCUUUAGUUAUAAAACUUAAAUUUAGACUGAGAGUAGCUGCAUUUUACUCUCUCCUCUAAAGCAGAAUCCUUUCUGCUGUUUCAACACUAGUUCGCAUUUGUUCUCUGGGUUCCAACACACAUUUUCAGUCUCUAACUCGGGUCACCGGGGUCAUGCUAUGUUGUAAUGAGCUAUAUCUCUCCUGAGGGAUGGCAGACAUGCUUUGUUUUCAAAUGUCUUGUAGCUAAUUUAGAGCAGCAAAUUCUAGCCCUGUUAAUUGUGCAUCAUGGUCAUACUCAUUAAUAUCAUUUCAGUCAGGCACUGUUACGCUGUGCUGAAAUCCAUUGCUGUGUUUAGAGAGAGUAAUUCAGUUAGCAGGUUUUUAAUCAGUGUGCUCUGAUUUAACUGGUUGUUGAAAAGUUAAACUGAUAAUGUAAAUACACUGAAAGUAAAAGGGAAAGUAACCGUAAUAAUUGCUUUACGUACAGAAACACAAGAUUGGACUUAAGUAACGGUGUGGUCGGAAAAUGUAAAUGGACCAGGCGACAGACCCUGUUUUAAUUCAGGAUCAUCACCAUUACCCUUGAAAUGUAAUUACUUGUGAAUACUAGUUCUUCUAAUGAACUACAACUCUAAAAGUAAAAUCAAGCAUACCUACAUGAAGAACGCUUUUGUUUAAUUUUUCCACACCAAACAAACAACAUUUUAAACACUUAAUUUUACACCUAAAAACUAUACAAGUAUCUUUAGUUAAUUUGGAAAUCUAUUUUUUAGCAGUUUUUUUUUUCUUUUUAAAAACAUCUACAAUAAAUCAGUGUGUUACUGUGUCACAUGCGCCACUUCCCUGACCAAAACUGGUACACUGUUGUCACAAAGGCCGUCUAAUCCCAAUGCCUAGAGUGUCAGUGAGGCAGAUUAAAACAUUCACACACUUAUUCCAGAUUGAUUCGUAAAUUAAACCACUGAGGUGAAAUUGUGCAUAAGCCUCAUUCUUUAUGGACACACCUGAAAAUCAUCAGUUAAUCCGGUGUGGCCUUAUUCUCUGUGAAGCUCUGCAUGACAGCUAAUAGACUAUGAGACACAAUUUGAACAUGUUAAAUGACCAGCCUUUCAAUUGACCUACAGGAAUCUCACACUAUUACUAUUAUCUGGAUCCAUUGACAUACAGUAUAUUCAUCUAUUGCAUAAUGCUGAUUAGGCAUAAAACCACGAAAGACAUGUCAUAUAUCUUACAGAGAAAUUGCAUCAAUCAUGUUUUACCAUUUCUUAACUAUAUAAAAAAAUGUAUGUAUCAAAAGAACAGAAACUCUCUUUAAGUUUUCUUUAAUCAAAAAAACAAACCAACAAAAAAAAAACAGGCUGUCAAACAAAAGACUGCAUAAAACAAUUGACAGAAGAAGAGAAAUCCCAGGUUAUAAAGCCCGCCUCCUCCAAUAUAACAGAUUUAACACGGCUUAAAAAAGAAAAUUAAAACACAUGACAACCCAAGUAAUUUUUCUCAAACAGGCCUGCUGUCACAACGAUAGUUCUUAUGCUGGUUUAUGUGCAACUGCUUAUUUUUUCUUAGGAUAAUAUCUCAGGAUAUUAAGGGAUACUUGAUGUUUGAUCAUGUUGUUUAUGGUGUGCCUUAGGUUGGAAAAAGAGGUGUAACAUCAGUCUCCAUCAGCCAGCAAUUUUCCAGCACUUAUUGGGGUGGUCUUUUAACUUCAAAACUCAGUAUCAAUAUAAAGUAUAGGGGUCCAUCUCACAGACACUUAUACAAGCUUUAGGACUAGUAACACCUCACACAUAGUACAAACGUAACUAAUGUGUCACCACAACUGUUGUGUAUGUGAAGACAUUAACUGGUUGUGUUACUCACAAAGUAAACAGAAUGAGAUGCGGGAACUGUACUCAAAGGAGCUUGUUCUGCUGUUAUUGAGCUCAGACGCUGCUCAUCUCGUACAGUGGAGAUGCAGGGAAAUGAGAGGCAAGUCAGAGCCACAUAAAUAAGCACCUUAUCUGUCCCUGCGUUCCCUCAUCUUUGAAAUGGUGGAGGGAGAAAAGGGGGACAAAAAGACAAGAUAAUAGAGUUGGUUUGUCUGCAGCUGGCCAGGCGACAGUAUAUCCUCUGAGUUGUCAGACUUCUUGCAAAGACAGUGUAUUUAAGCUGCUCCUUUGUGAGCUUGUUUCAAGGUUGAACAUGAUCAAUUUUACUAUAUAUGAAUAAAAAAUAGAUGGGAAGUCAUUUUUCGGCAAUUUACUGUAAGUGUAGAAGGAAAUUUCAUCAAGACAGAAAGUCUCUACAAAUCCUGGAUAGUUUAUAUUUUAUACAGACAUUCACGGUCCCUAAAGGAUUAACCCCAUUGACCUUAGAGACCACCUAACCUUUCUCAAGCACCACCAGGAGAUCAAAAUCUUAAUGUUCCUGAGGGAAAUAUCCAGGCAUCUCUUGGCUUUUCUGGCACUGAAUCAUGAUAAGUCAUGGUGACAGAUCUCUCUGGCUUUUGAAAUCUAUAUUUCCUUUUUUGGAGGUGGUUAGAUGGAUUGUUUUGAAAUUUGGCACAUGGAACCCCUCUAUUGGAAUCCCCUGAGAAAAUUUGUUGUCAAUUCUCUAGCACAGCCCUCAUACUUGCACUUUCAUCAAUGAGACAUACUCUGUUUCAGCUUGGGCAAAAAUUUGCUCGUAAAAUGCUUAAAAAUGGUUUACAAUGUUGAUUUAUUGGCUCUUUUUGAUUCUAUUUCAUAACACCCCCCCCCCCCACCACCACCACCCACACACACACACACACACACACACACACACACACACACACACACACACACACACACACACACACACACACACAACUUGGUACCCCUGUUCUGAGAACAAAGAUAUCUUAAUCAUACGACAUUUUUUUCUUGUUAAAAUCUGAUCAAUCAUGUCUGUUUUGUCUAUCUGAGUAAUUCAACACACUUUAAUGCAUAUUUAAAUGUUGAAAAGUUUAAUUGAUCAGCUGUCAUGGCUGUAAGAAUAGCUUUUUUUCUGUUUUACUCCCUGAAAAAUGUUUCAAGUGGUCAAAUCUAAUAGCUCACCUUUCAGCUAAUAUUAUAGCAUCAGUUCUUUUGUCUGAUGUGACAUUUUAAUGGGUAUAUUUUGGGGCAAAUAUGGUGGUGACUGUAAAAGUGACUCAUUUGUCAAGAUGAUCCAUUGUCAGAAGCUGAAGGUUCUCAUUAUCAAAUUGUUCCUUUUGGGUGAAAAUGGUUAAGGCUGGAUGUUAAGCAGAGUUGGAUGAAAGCAUAUUAACAGUAGUCUUGUCAUAUUCAUGUUCCUCCCAUAAAUGCAGGUGUACUGUGAGGUAAAGCUAUACUGCACAACACAAUAUAAGCUCAUUGGACAACAACAACAACAACAAAAAUAAAUAAAUAAAAACAGAUGCAUACACAAGCAUGAAAUCAAGAGAUUCUGCAAACCAGAUGGAGGCUGUAUUUAUUUGAAAUAAAGCAGAUGAAAGAGGGAGCACUCUUUGAGAAAAUCAAUGUGUUUAAAUUAAACAAGAUUAUGAUGAAACCCUGCAUAAUGGAGUUAUUUGGAUUCAAGACAUAACACCUUAUCUACAUUUAUCUGUAGUAAUCCCAACCAGGACACUUCAACGAGACGAUGCAAUAAAUCUUCCUGUUUGGGAUAGUGAAUGGCUUUUAUAGCAUAUUUAAGGCAUUUUUUUUUUAAUGCAGCUAUAAAUGGAAUUUUGGAAUUUCCACCUGUGGGACUAAUAAAGGUUUAUCUUAUCUUAUAAACAUGUUGCUGACAUUAGGCUUUCAGAAAGCAUCAUAAUGUUUGGUUUAUUAAGGUCUUCAUCGACCUUAUGAAAUGUAUAAUGUAAUGUGGGAAGGAACGGCAAGUGAUUCACGCAACAAGAUGGCCCAGCCAGGCUAGUGCUCAGAGGGUUUUGCCACACACUUAUAGAUGGGCAAGUGGGGAUAAUUUUUGUAGUAGUUGUCCCAGUAGUAGGCUUGCUGUAUUUUGCCUGGCAGUGGAUUUAGGAGAAAUAUGUGUGACUCUCUACGGUCAACAUGGUGUUUAGUAGUUCAGCCAGCAAAGGUUUUCUUCAGGUAGCCCUGGAGACUGAGCUGCUUUCUCAACAGUGUAUAUUCACUAUGUUGUCAACUUAGAUAGACUGAAGAAGAAGUGCACAACAGCAGGGGAAUUUAAACUGUUCAUGGACUGAAUGUUGUGAGAGUACACGGUUCUGACAGAGAAGUUGGACUGAACUUGUCAAGACGCUUUGAAUGCACGUUUAACCCUAGAACAUGUUUGUAUUGAGGUAGAAUAGCUGCCAGCAUGAGUGCAGCAGAGUUUCGCAGCUCAAGGAAGAACAUUUAUGAUCAUUACUUCAUGGAAAUGCAAUCAGACCGAGACACUAAGGCAGAGGAACUACUGCGUCUGUGGUGCAAAAUGAUUGUUAUGAUGAUUAUUACUUCAAGGAAAUGAUCCGCUGCACUCGGUGAUAGACUUGUCAGGGCUCCCACACAAACAAGCAGCUGCUGGAGAAAAGUGGGUGAGUUGUGUUUGGUCUCUUUGCCAGAGAAACCAGGCAAAGCUAAAAAGACGUUUGAUGGCUAGUACGAUGACUGGGACCCUAUAUGUACUGUUGAUGAAGUGAGGUGCUAUUCUGAGCAUUAUUUGUGGCUAUAAAGUGGCGUUUUGUUUGAGGUUUGCCCAUGGAGACUUAGACCGCCGUGUAUUGCUAUUGUGCGGUCCUUGCUGAAGUUGGUAUUACUAGAGAAGCAAACAGUCGGCAAUAUCCAUCUCCUGAGGGUGUGUGUGUGUGUGUGUGUGUGUGUGUGUGUGUGUGUGUGUUGGGUAUUGCACAUCAGACUGUGUCGAGGCUUUGGGGGUUUCACAGCAGCUUGUGUAGCUUGACCUGUUCGGGGUGUCAGUUUAACAUGAAUGUUCACAGCACUGAUCAAGGGCAGUGAAACACAACCCUAUCUUUUAAAUCUCACAUUAAUUUAGACUUUUUUCCUACCAGCUGAAGGAGCAGUGAUAAAGUCCAGUUUUGUCAUCUGUUGUACCUGCUGUUCUGUACAUCUCAUGAUACGAACUUAGGGUUUGUUAUUCAUUCAUUUCACGUGAUGCCUGGUUCAGCCAGUACGGCCUGGUGGUUAAGUAGGGACCCCGUGUACAGAGGCUGCAGUCCUACACCAGGCAGCCUGGGUUCCACUCCUUCCCUCCUCCAUCAACCGUCCUGUCCUUUCUGACUAAAGGCAUAACAGGCUGAAAAUAACCUUAAAGAACCAUCCUCUGUGGUAAACUGUGGUUAUUCCACUGUUUCAAAUUGACCAGCAGCUACAAAAACAAGAGACAAAAGGGAACUAGAAGAGAGAUUGGGCCAGAUAACAGGUAUAAAAAACACAUUCGACAACCAGUUAGCUAACAUCAGGACUCAGCUAACAUUAACAUUUAGCCACUUUAGGGUUAUACGGUCUACCAAUACUGGUAUCGUAGCACAAUACCACGCCAUUAAAAAACAAAAAAAUACCCUGUGUUUUCAGUUAUGACACUUUCUGACUGGCAGUGUUUUAAUCAGAGCGGCUGAAGGCUGCACUCUGUGUCUACGGCUACAGUGCACUCUGGCUUCUCUCUCUCUCUCUCUUUAGUGGGUGGAGUGUUCUCUCGCUCUCAGUGUGUGUGUAUAGUGAGACGGACAGACAUUGCUGAGAGAAGUGCUUCCGUGGACUGGCCAUAGCUUGUCGAAAAAGAUGGUGCACAGAACAAAAUAUGGAUCUAUUUCACCAAUACAGCCGACAGUAAAGGCAGGCCAAAAGACACCUCAACCCCCCUUGUGUAAAGCCUGGUACCAGCCCAUGCAGACCAAGGGAGAAAAGAAGUCUAACAUGGCAAAACACCUCGCUGUCCACCAUCCGCAAGUGUUGAGAGAAUUUAAUGAGUGACAGAUGAGCAAAUGUGAAAGACAUGCCCUCAAAUAUAGAGGGCUAUGUAUCUUUGGUUACAUUUGUUGAUACAAUUAAUCAUCCCUUUCAUAAAAAAACCCUUUGUUUUGUGAUCGAAACACACAAAAAUCUUAGACUAUGUUUUGCUUAUUAAAUCUUGAAAAUAUGUGAUCUCUGCUUAUUGAUCGAAAAAUUUCUUAAUUUGUUGAAUUGUGCAAUCAAGAAAUGACAUUCCUCUUGAGAGACGGCUUAUAUAUCGUUAAUAGAUGAGCCGAUGAGAGCACACACUACCCCCAGCUACAGAGCUGCAUGAGUCAUGAUGUAGUUUAAAAAUGUGACGCAUAACUAUGAGUUAAGUAAUUUUUUACUUAACUUUAAAAAAAUCUAAUGUAUAAUGUUAAGAAUGUAUCAAUUCAGUGUAUAAACAGCAUAGGCCAAACAGUUGGUGCACAGAGCAUGAAAAUAAAUAAAUGUUAACAUUAACUGUAAAUCUGGCUGGAUGAAGAACCUGCUUACUACAGCUCUACACUGCAUUAAUGAAGCUGUCACAACAAUGAGUCACUUCACCUCUGUCACCUUUUGUCUUCUUUUAUUCCAUGAGUUUUACAAAUUUUAGGUUUUGCCAUGGUAUCGUUUCAAUAUAGGUAUCAAGAUACUUUUGGUAGGUAUUGUAUCGAGGUCAUGAUUUUAGUGCCGUAACUAGACCCUCCAGAAAAACGUGGGCAUAAAUCCUUGAUUACGAGGGCUAAAAUCCUUGAUCUCGCGGGCUAAAAUCCUUGAUUUUGCGAUUGAAUAUGUGGGGUUUUUAAAUGAUUUUAUGCUGUGAAAUUGCAGAAAGUUGCGGAAAGUUGCGAAUUAUGCGACAAGUUGUGAAUUAUGCAAAGUUGCAAAGUAUGCAGGGAAAAAAACAAAAGAUUAUUCUCCCACGCCCUGUAACAAGGCUACUACUGAAUGAAAAAGAGCCAUUUUAAAGCAUUUAUUUGAGUCAUUAUGCUAUUUCUCUCUCUCUCUUUCGCUCUCUCUCUCUCUCUCUCUCACACACACACACACACACACACACACACACCUAACUGUUAAAUAAUUUUGACCUAUUCAGUUACGAUUCAGUAUGACAUGUACAGUUAAAGCAUAAUUCAAUCAUUAGGCUAUUUUCAUGCCCCUCUCUCUCUCUCUCUCUCUCUCUCUCUCUCUCUCACACACACACACACACACACACACACACACACACACACACACACUUCUUGGUCUCAUUCUGUUUCAUUUGUUCUUUACUUGACCAGUUUCAAGCUUGUAUGCUACUCACCUCGUUUCUUGCAGCCCUCGCAAGGGUUUUGGAGGUUGAUGCCUCGGUGAAUGUCAGCUGUCUGGCUUUGGCUUUCCUUUCUGCAGCUGCAGAAAGCAUUUUCAAAUGUUUCGCCCUGGCAAAGUGGCUCGUCACCGAGGAUUUUCUUUUAUGCUCCAACACACAGUUGCAGGGGGUGCAGAAUAGUUUCACCCCGCUUUCGUGCAAGACACCAGGGUACUGGUUUGCCCAGUCUUUGGCAGUAAUGUGCGUCGGUAGAUGAGAUUGAUUACUGGUAGCUCUCUUCAUUUUAGUAUGUUCCAUAUGUGGUGUUCCAUCAACCCACAUGCUCACGGUCCGGUGUUGUUUUGUGUGUAUAGGCGCAAGUCAAUGAAGUUACAAGUUUUGACUUUUUUUCCCCCUCUCCACAACUUUAUGUAGAAAAGUACGGGGAUUGUAAAAUCAAGCGAGUCCCGCAUAUUUUGCAUAUUUUGCAUAUUUUGCAUGGAAAAAUGUGAUUAUCGCGGUGAAUAUGCAGCCUUUUUGAAAAAUAUUGAACCCAGCAAUAAUCAGCUGUAUUUGGCUGAUUUUGCAAUGAAAUCAGCAAUCGCAAAAUAGCGAUUUCCUGGAGGCUCUACGUAACAACCCUAAGCCACUUUGUAAGUACUGUUAAAAAAAAAAAAAUGAAAAAUGCACAAACAAGAAAUAAAUUGAGAAGCACAUGUAAAGCUGGUUACUACAGGUGUGCUUCUGCUCAUGAAUGUGUCCUUUUUCACAUAACAUGAGCCAGCCAAAAAAUACUGUAUUUAUGGAGUAUAUGGUUAGAUGCCAGUGUUCUAGUUUAAUGGGUGACCCUGUGAACUGGUGACUUUUGGCCUUGUACUACGUCACACACAGAAGCUUUGACUUAAAGUUAGCGGUACACAAACAAGUGGCCACUACCCAAACCAUAACAGCAGUGGUCCCUUUGACCAUCGUGCCUCAGUCCAGUGGCAGGAUGAGAAAUUUAACUUGUGUCGCAGUUUUUCCAUUUAAAAAAAAAGGAACAAACAAAAGAUCAGAAAAAAAGGUUUGAAAAAAAUUCUAUGUCUAUUUUAAAGCUAAUAAUGCAUUGACAUCUGGGCUGUUUUCAGGAAUAGAAGUAAAUGCAGAUAGAUGCUGCACUCAGGGCUGCGAUUGGCCCUAACUCAAAAACUCCAAACUCUCACACCUCUCUUGGUCUGAGGUUGUCUGGUGAUGUAAAUGCGCCCCAGUCUGGAGUCUGUGCUCCUGCUCCGCAGUGUCCAGUGAAGCUGCCUUUUCACCGAGCUUUCCUUGCCCUCCUUUCACACAGGUCAGGGAAUAAAAACAGUAAAUUGUUGCAUCAAAACAUGAAUUCCUCUGGCUUUGAUUUUAAGUGCUUUAAAGAAUCACAAGACCAUGUGCUUUUGCUGACACUCAAACUUCUGGUUUGACGUUUUGCUCCUUUAGAACCAGUUUUUUUCUUUCACUCAGAAGAAACUAGGAGUGAGGACUCUGGCUGGUAGUUUAAUGAUGACUAAUGAUGUUGCUCCCUGAGGCAGUAUUGAUGAAGACUUGAAAAUAUUUGCAAGUUUGUCAUUUCUAAGAUCUGUGUUUGGGUCUUUCAAGCAAAUAGCCCUCUGAAGUUUUCAUCAUCUAUAUAGUAGAUUCUUUCUUGUCAGCUUGCACAGGAGUUUCUAAAGCUGUUAACAUGAGAUUUGGAAUUUUUUUUUUUUAUUAUUAUUAUGCGUAUUUACAACUUUAAAGGUUAUACAAACAAAUCCCACACACAUACAGGACAGAAACACACUCCAGAAAGAAAAAAAAAAGGGAGGGGGUGCAAGAAUGUUAUUCAUUGUUAAUAAAAAAAAGGGGAAAGGGGAAAAAAAAGGAAUAAAGAAGAAUUUGAAUUAGGGUGUUGUAGAUAAAAAAUCACAGUGGCCAACCAAAUUUUUGUCAAAAUCUUUUGGCAUCUUUUUUCUUCCUGCUAAAAGAGGAAAAAAGAGCAAAUCUGUGGAUUUAGAUGCAGCGGGUAUGUACUCCGACUCACAUUUUGCUUCUAGCUAGAUAUGAUGAACAACACUUGGAUAAUAAGGUUUUUGCAUUCUGCAUUUAAUACAGGUUUUUUCUUUUCUUGGCAGGAAUGCUGAAUUGGUGGUUUAGCCAGAACAGUGACAGUGACCCAAAAUUAACAAAACCAGCACUCUGACCCUAAAGCAACAUCAAUUUGUCAAUCUUUAAACACUGAAUAUUUAAUCCUCGGAUUUUCUUGAAACAUGGAUGGAAAAAGAAAAACAUACAGGCACGCUUUACCACUUGUUGUAUUCCUUAGUUUCAGUAAAACAUCCUAAACACACAUUGACAAGUUUCAAAGUAUAGGAUUAACUCAGUCAAGUAGCUGUGACAUAAUCAUAGUGUUCAGCGCAUCAACAGUAUGUAAACUUUGGUAUAUUGGAGCUGGCAUUCUUCACGACGCCAGGCUGAACAGAAAUACCAUCAACGAGAAAAGCACUCGGAGAGCGCAGACCUCUGCCAAGCAGCUCAUGUCUCCCUUAUAUUGUGAUUCACACCCAAACUUUUACUGUUACGUGUCUUUUAUUAACUUUUAUUUGUGUUUAAACUGGUAUGUUCACUGUUCAUAAUGUUCCUAAAACAAGAAAUGCCCUGACCGGGACUUGAACCCAGGACCUUCUUGCUGUGAGGCAACAGUGCUAAGCACUACACCACUGUCCCACCCAUCUACACCACUGUGCCACCCAUUGGUUAUCUUUCAGCAUUGAAAAUUCCAACGACACCCUUAUUUUUGUGUGUUCUGGAUCACAGUAUCCAGAAUUUUGUCUGGAUCAGGAUCAACCUUUGACACCUCAUAAAACUCAUUGAGAUCAUUUUGUGUCAUUUUUUUUUACUAAAGACUCUGGACAUUUUUAUAGAGUUAAAUGCAAAAAUUCCCAAAUUUGCCCUAUCUCACAAUGAUAAAGAAUCCUUCAAAAAUUUCUGGAUCCAGAAGGCGAUCCGGAUCACCACCAAAAUGUAAUGGGAUCCUCCUGGGGCUGAGACGCACCUCUGGUGAAAAUUUCAGGUCAAUCCAUCUGUUACUUUCUCUGUAAAGUUGUUCACAGACAAACAAACAAGCAAACAAACCAACAACCAAACAAACCAACACUACCGAAAACAUCAUCUCCUUGGCAGAGGUAAAAAUACUCUUGAAGAGGUUCUGCUCACCUUCUGGGAAAUUGCUCAGUGUGAUUUUUUAUCAAAUAUGUAUGCAGGCUGAUGUUCAAACUUCACCAUGAACUAAACUGUUCAGUUCAAUGUUUAUUUGUCCCCCAAGAAGGGGGAAAUAUCUGUAGUCAUGGGUGUGUUGCUAAACAUGGAUUUGCGUGUAUCUGUGCCACCUACAAGACUUUUCUGGAUGGUAUUUGCUGGGUCAACAGUGGUAUUGAAGGGAAAGGAUCAAAGUGUAGAGUUAAAACGCUUUGAUAUGCUCACAGUGUCUACUUACUGAGAAUUUAUUAUGUACAUACACUUUAAGUAGGAGUGGGAGAAAAAAAUCGAUACAGCAUAGUAUUGCGAUAUUUUGUCUGGUGAUAUAUUGUAUCGUCUCAUUACCAAGUAUCGAUUUUUCAAAUUAAUUGCUAAUAUGAAGUCAAAUCUAUGAUAGAAAAAUAAAAUCAACUGUAUGUCCAGUUUGAGGUUGGCAGAGGUGACAUCUUAGAGCAGGUUAGUGGAACAAAUACUGUUUACAUAAGGUUUGCAAUAUGUCCUACAUGAAAAUUAAAUACAACGUAAAUAAGACAAACACAAGGGAAAGCCAAAUGCUAAAUUAGCGAAACAGUUGAAAAAAUUGUAGAAAUCUCAAUAUAUUGCAUCACAAUACUCACUGUAUUGCAAAUGUUAAAAACGUAAUAAUAUCCUAUUGUGGCCCAAGUAUGGUGAUAAUAUCGUACCGUGGUGCCACUGGUGAUUCCCACCCCUAGUUUUAAGUCCCAUGAGUUUUCUGUAGUCUCACUGCGGUGAUAAUUUAAGCUCUUCAUUGCUGCACAGCAUCACUUUUUUGUAGAGCGUAGCAUGAACAUUCAACAGAAAGACACUCUGCACACAAACCCCUAAGUAUACAGAAAAUAUGAUAGUUAACUUCCUAUUUCAUGUACAAAUUUUACCAAGUUGGAAAAGCUGCUCAUUAAAAAGACUUACAAAACACAGAGAGAGCCUGCUGAGAGCUGCAGGGUGGUAAUUGUAUUUCUAGAUUGUAUUUCUAGAAAGCAGCAUCUGCGUGUUGCAUUUUUAUCCCCUCAAAAGGUGCACCAGCAAAAACAGAGAUCUCAAAAUCAAAAAGCUUGUUGAAAGUGCCAAAUAAACACACAGAGCUGACCUACAUAAAGUCUUCUGGCCUGCACAGAUGUGCCAGAUUCUAAUAAUGAGAGUGUCUGCUGCAGGAAAAGGAUUUUUUUCCACUUAGAAUGGAAGACAUGUUACACGGAAAUUUGAGAUCCCACCUCAGAGCUGUUGGCAGUCGGCAGCUGGUUGUGGGCAGUAAUUUUUACUUUUACUGUUUAUACAGUGUUCAUUAAAAAGUAGCACCACAGUAAUCCCCUGGGGUUAAUAUCGCUCUAUUGCUGAUGCUCUUGUCACACAAACAUCAUUGUAUAAACAGAACCUCUAUUGUUAGGCUCAAUGUAUUUGCUGCUUUAACUUGGCGCUGCUGAGUGUCAAUCCUGUUGACAGUGACCAGGUUCUUUGUGUGGGCUUUACAUUAAAGAUAAUGUGUUGUACCUGUUAUACAGUGGACCAUAACAGGCUGUUCGAGUACAUUUACAUACACAGUUAGGCUGCGUUCCAGUUGUACUCGGAAGUCAGGAUUCCUGAGCUACAAGUCGGAAAUUCAUCUGGAACGCCCCCUGAAGUCGGAUUUCCGACUCAGAAAGUCGGACGAUGCUCACCAACCCCGACUUGAAGACGUCAUCAUUCAAGAUGGCAGCGCAGUGCAUCAACAGUAAAGAGUAACAGUGAAAGCUCUUGUAAUGUAUUAUUUAUAAGCACUUCUGUUUUGUUUUUGUGAAAUUAAACAAGUGGUUUAUGUUGUACUGCCCAACGUCUAACUGUUAACACAGUGCUAUGGUGUUCGUAAGAGUAAAAUACUGUGUUAUGCGUUGUUUACAACUGGUAUAGCUAACAACAACUGACAACAGCUGACAAUGGCUAACAACAGCUGACAACCGCUAACAGUAGACGUCCAUUUUGUUUUUUCGACUUGUUUACUGAAAUGCCGUCAACCCGGUUGUAAUUUCAUUCCCAGUUCCGACAUCUGACUUGAUCUAACUGGACUACUGUCCUUGUACCAGUUUGCAUGCACUGUGCAAAAAUUGCAUUAUUGAUACCAACACGUCCAACUCUGUGACAGUAGGUGGCCACAUGUCGUCUUUCAGUUCAUUACAAUCAGGUCGUCUCCUAGUUGGCGUUGGAUUUGUCAAAGCAGUCAGCAAAACGUGUAAAAUGAUUUAUGUAAAACAGUAAAAACAGCCACUGUUACAGCACUGUACUGUUUGUUUGUAUGAUAGUAAAGUUUUGUCAUAUUUUGUCCCUUCUUUGUCUGUUCGCGUUUUGUUAACUCUCUGGCCCAAGAUCAUGUGACUCUACCUCCCUUGAGUUACACCGUUGUUCAGAACAGUUUGAUUCAUAAAGGUCUGCGCUGUGCAUCCUCCCCCUGACUGACCCCAGAGCUAGUGCAACACAUUCCUAAAACUUCCCAUCGAGGUAAACUACUACGGAGACAGGGGGUGUCAGGGUGACACUGGAAUACAGAUGAUUAAUUGUGUCUAUCUGUCGUGAUGUCUAUGUCCAUUGGAUCAAAAGAUGGGUCUGGAAAUAAAUUGGAGAGGAGAAAAACUCUGUAGAGAUUGAAAAGGACUGAAAGAGAUGAGAGGCGAAACACAUUGGGCUAACAAAGGAAAUCUUAUGAUUACGUAAAAAGUGAGAAAAGUGGAAAAACAUGACAUGAGGAAAAAAGAAGACAUGAAGACGAAGAAGCAGUCAAAGAAAAAGAAAGGAGUAUCAUUGUCAUGUCCAGACAGAGGAGCAGACGGGAAUUAGAUGUCAUCAUGUCGUCAGAACUGACGACAGGCAUCUUAAAUGUACAUAUCUUGAGAUAGAUUCUCUUCUCCUCCUUUUUUGUCCCCUUUCAAUCUUUUCCUGCAGUUACACCUUUUUUUCUCUCACCUUUUGACUAUUCUGACUCUCUCUCUCUCUCUCUCUCUCUCUCUCUCUCUCUCUUGAUCCUUCUCACUCACUCUUCAGGCCUCUGCUAUUCUGGCUCUCUCUCCUUUACUCAGCCAGUUAAUUGGUGCUUAUGCAUUAAUGAAUGCAGAUCGAUUGAGGCCUGACAAGAUGCGCAGCCCUAUUAUCAUGCUUUCAUAUUUAUGGCUGGUAAUUGUAAGGGUGUAGCUGAUGGUGUGUGUGUGUGUGUGUGUGUGUGUGUGUGUGUGUGUGGUCCUGAAAGGAGGUAGCAGACAGCUGCACACGAGCAAAACCUCCACAUGCUCUUUAGUCACACAGGUGUGUGUGUGUAGGUGUGUGUUUUUUUUGUGUGGUGACCACAGUCUCAUCCUUUCAAAGCCACUGUCACAGCUUUAUUAGAGCCAUUCAUCACUGGGACACACCACACACUGACCUGCUGUGGCUCUGUGUGUGUCUGAGCAACACAGAAAGACAGACAGGGAGUAAAAGUAGACAGACAGAGAAUUAUUUCAGCACUUUUUACACUUGCAGUUUUCUAUAAAUGCUCACUAUUUUUACAAGUUGUCAUCAUGUUGGAAAAUAAUGUCGUUUUCCGGCAAUUUCGACAUCACUUUGGUUUGAAUUAAAGCUGUCAUGAUGGGGGAAAAAGGAUAAUAGACCCUUAGCAAGCGGCAGAAAGUUAUAAAAGCUGUGUUUUUACAACAGAAAUCAUUCCACCUCUGAUGGAUGACUUGAAUGAACAGUAUUUAACUAGACUCAGGUUCAAACAUAAAAAUAGUUUUACCUGCUCCCUACUGAUGCAGCCUUGCUGUCUUGGAGAUAGCUACAGUACCUUGUCUUCUUACAUCCAGUCUUUGUUUAAAAUAGAAACAGCCAAAAAUUAAAGUUAUCAGGGGCUGAAGUGGACAUGUUGACUUGACGGCACUGGUGCACCACAACUAAAGAUGGAUAUGUAAUGAGAUCUCAAUUUUGUUUAUGAUUAUGACCCCAAUAAUUGUGAAAAUAUGAUAAUCCAGACUGAACAAUAUUCAGCUGUCUACUGUGAUGCCCCCAUGAUGUCCUUCACAUUAGACAUACAUUGAACUUAAACGUAGUGCAAUAGUGGAACAAACUAUCUGGCGACCAUAGGCAGAGAGAGGAGCGCAGGGAGAGGAGCCGGGGACAUGUGUGUGUGUGCGUGUGUGUGUCAGGGACAGAAUGAGCACUGCAAGAGAGAGGCUGUAGCAACCAACAGCGCGCAAGAAUGCUAUCAAGCUAACAACUGCUUAUUAAAGGGGAUGUAGACAGCCGUACUACCGCCUCUUUUAUGUUGCCAAAGGAAAUGUGGAAUAAAAGCAAAAAUAUCUAUCGACAGAGGUCCUGCAUACAUUUUCUUUUUCCUUUAGAAAAGUUGUAAUUCUCUGUAUUAUACUGAGAGAAAAUUUCGAGGUCAAUGGAAUGAACAAACGGAAAUAAAGAAAACAGUGAGGGGCUUUAACCAAGCACAUUUGACUUAUUAAAUGGAGCACAAUGUAGUUUGUCCGAGUGGACUUGCCGUCGUGUGACAUCUUAAACGGGCACUGGGCCCCAAGCAGAUCUGGCAGCCCGAACACAUCUGGUACCUACAUCGGGUUUAAAAGUAAGAGAUGUUCGAAUUGUGAUGAAGUCUUGAUGUUGUAAAGGGUGUUGAAGCUUGAAAAGAUAGAAUGAUGUGUUAGAUCUGCAGCUGUGUAAGCGGGAAAGUCAAAUUGUUUAACUUUUUAUGUCAAAGUGAAAAACACAUUGUUACAAGUAAAGUCUGGCAUUUAAUCAGGUCAGUAUUGCCAAAGUUAAGCCAGAACUCAUGAAUGAAAUAAAGAAUUGAUGCAUGGUCCCUUCAGUGCUAUCACUUUUUUAAAAUAAAAUCAUUUGGUUGAGCAGCUCUAACCUGACUACAAUAAACAUUGUGCCAUUUUCAGAGCAGAGCCAUUUGAAAACUUUAAAAACUGUGAGCCCGCUUUGACACAAUGACCAACUCCAGGGAUUACAUUUAUCUGAAUGAUAGGCAGCCAACAAAAGAAAUCUCUCCUCUUUCACAUCAUCCUUUCUUUUCAUCUCUCCUGAUUUUAUGCUAGUUAGCUCUUUUUCACAAAGCAGUAAAGCACAGGAAAGGGACAUUUUAAAGGCUCAUAUUUUUCAACCUAAAUCAGCAUUGAAAAUUGAGAAUUUCAAGCUGAACUGGUGGCAUAAGCAUUGGGUUAAUGAUGGUGGUUGAUUGGUAAAGCCUGCUGAGGGCACAAGUAGCUCUUAAAUGACGUCAUAAUACUGCAUCUCUGAGCAGGUAUUACCAAUAAACCACUGGUCACUUUAUCAGCCAACAGUUUAAAACUAAAAAGAAAAAAAGGCACACCAAAAGAAUAUUUGCACCACCAUAGAUGCUUCUGCCCCGUCAACUUUGCAACUUUACACAAAACAGACCUUUAUGUGAAAUCCAGAAAGCCAUUUGAAAGAUCAGCUGCUGUAACAGCUGCUUAAAAAAGCAGGACAACAAAAGAAGAUGUUAAAACAAUUUCAGUGGAGAAAAGAGGAUAUAUGGGCAGUGUGUUAUGUACAGCCCAGGAGGGAAAUCCGUGGGAGGGGGUAAGCUUUCUACAUGAGUGACCUGGCUGAGCGUUUGGGAUGUGGUGAGGGUGGGUUUUGUCUGCAUGCUUGUGUGUGUGUGUGCUUGUGUGUUUGAGGGUAACAGAGUGAUGUAGCCAUGCUGGGUUGUCUUUGUCUGCUUUCUCUGUCUCUGUUUGAGAGCAUUACAUGCACACUGGACAGGAACCAUGUCUCCUCCCCCUAUCUCCCUGUCUCCCUUAUCUGUCUAUCUUUCUCUCCCUCUGGUGGGAGAUCUCCCCUCUUUUUUUUUUUUUUUGGUAUCUAUUUUUAGUGCGUCCCUUUACUUGCACUUAUUUGUCCGUCCAUUUAUGCCAGUGUCUGCUUUCCCUGACUCUUCUGUCUCCUCACUUCCUUCAAAUGAUCUGGAGGUUAAUGAGGCUAACUACAAGUCUGGCUGCACCUCUCUACAUGUAAUGUUCCAUUUAGCCCAAGUGUCUGUCAUCUUUGUGCGAGUUUAGCUUGUGGUAUUGGGUUUGGGUGAAAAUACUUUCUUUGGACAUGCUUUCUGCGCAAGAGACAGAGGUAACAAUUGAGAAUGUAAAUGUACUGUAUAUUUGCAUAAAAUGUGAACCUUUUUUUCUCCAUAACUAGUUGAAUUUAGUACCCAUUAUUUAUCAGGUUUUAACAAUUUUAUAGACUAUAAAUACUCCAUUUAACACAUUUUACAGAGCCUCUCUCUCUCUAUCUUCAACAAACCUGUUAUAUUUCCUCUGAAAAUGUGGUAAUUUUAAUUAUGGAGUUUCUUUUUCUUUACUCACCUCUGAAGUGUGACUGUGAGAAACAUGUCUUGACUCAAAUUGUGUCUAAUACCUCUUAAGCUAUUAUCCUUACUUGCAUCUUUACCUCCGCCGAGGAGGUUAUGUUUUCGGUAGCGUUGGUUUGUUUGUUUGUCUGUCACCAACUUUACGGAGAAAAUAACAGAUGGAUUGACCUGAAAUUUUUACCAGAGGUGCGUCUCAGCCCCAGGAGGAUCCCAUUACAUUUUGGUGGUGAUCCAGAUCGCCUUCUGGAUCCAGGAAUUUUUUUGAAGGAUUCUUUAUCAUUGUGAGAUAGGGAAAAUUUUGGGAUUUUUGCAUUUAACUCUAUAAAAAUGGCCAGAGUCUUUAGUAAAAAAUGACACAAAAGGAUCUCAAUGAGUUUUAUGAAGUGUCAAAGGUUGAUCCUGAUCCAGACAAAAUUCUGGAUACUGUGAUCCAGAACACACAAAAAUAAGGGUGUUGUUGGAAUUUUCAACGCUGAAAGAUAACCAAUGGGCGGCACAGUGGUGUAGAUGGGUGGCACAGUGGUGUAGUGGUUAGCACUGUCGCCUCACAGCAAAAAGGUCCUGGGUUUGAAUCCGGGUCAGGGCAUUUCUUGUUUUAGGAACAUUAUGAACAGUGAACAUACCAGUUUAAACACAAAUAAAAGUUAAUAAAAGACACGUAACAGUAAAAGUUUUGGUGUGAAUCACAAUAUAAGGGGGGAAAUGAGCUGCUUGGCGGAGGUCUGCGCUCUCCGAGUGCUUUUCUAGUUUUCUACUUGUGUUAGUCUCUCACCAGAGAUGUAUGGUGAGAUGCAAGGAAGCAAGGUGAGGGGAGAAGGAUUUAGGAAACAUGCUUUUAAAGAGACAUGCAUGUCUUGCCCCAAAGAGUCAUGUGUUAAAACAUCUAUUCAUAGUCACAGAUCAGCUGUUUGCAUCUGCACAUGUGCACUGUAUUGAUUAUCAUAAAAUACACACAGUCACAGUUUUACAGUAUUUCUCCGUUAUUUAUCAAACAAAAGCGCAUGAAGACAAAACUGAAGUCAGUUUCUCUAAUCCUGUUUUGUAACAUGUGCACCAUUUCUACCAUAACUAUGCGUUAUGACUGAGUUGUUUAUUCUUUGUAUGUAUUUGCAUGUACUAUUUAGCUGAUUGUGAACUCAGUUUUAUACAAACACACAGAUACACACACUAAUGAUGUCUGAGGAGUCCUAGAAAUUUUAAUUCAAUAUGCUAAUUAGUUCCAGGGACAGUAGAAAUAACGGAUCACUUCUCAAAACUGACACUCAUUUCUAGGAAAUUUAAUGACUUGAUAAGUAUAGUGUCUGACAGAUAGACAUCUACUCGCACUGUUUUUAUAUCUCUUCAUAAUCAAACUGAACAAGAGAAACACCUGAUCAUAUGAGAUGAAAUGACUAUAAUACUUAUUAAUGACACUGUAUGACUAUGAUUCAGACAACUUAUUGGGAGGUGAUGUCCUGCCAUACUGAUUUCUUAGAGCUAAUAUUUUGUUCUUGAUAUGUUGAACAUUUCUAACUCCAGUUUAUCAGUUUAUGAUCUGUUUCAAAGCACCACUCUGAGUUUGUUUUUAGCUCCUUAUUUCACCAUUAUUAAACUCUGGGAUUGUGGAAAGGCUUCUUGUUUGUCUUCUUGCUUGUGGCUUCUCAGAAUUCUCUCCUCAAUCUUCUCUCCUUCACGCAGCAGAAAAGACCAAAAAUCCUCAACACUGCAGUCAAAACUGCUUCUGGUCCAAUAGAGGAGCAAGAAGUGAGAAAACAUAUUUUGACAGUGUUAGGACUCAGGGAGUGACUGUAAGCAGGCCGAGACUUCAAUGUCAGGUUUUCUGAUUCCAGCCGAAUAAAGUUGCCUCAUCUACUACAGAGACUCUUGUUAUCAUGUUGUAAUUAAAAGAUAUUGACUCUUAUGAAGCCGUCAUUUUGCUCUAAAAAUGUGAGCGACUGAUUAAUUCGAUCAUUCAAAAAACUGAUGAGUUCAUUUGAUGUGCUUUUUCAUUUAUCAGGACUAUUUUCAGAUGAUUUGAGAGGAGAGAUUAUUGGUUUAAUGAAAAGUGUCCAUGAACUAAAAUCUCUACUGUGACACCUCCAUCAGUUUAAUCUUUUAUGUUUCAUGUUAAGUAAAGACUAUUCUUCCAGUCUAUUUCCUUAAAUGCUUCUCCAAGAACAGUUUGAAACUCUCUGACUUUGGUGACCUCUCCUCCUCGAUGAGCGGUGUUUUAUGUCACUGUGUGAAUUGUGACAAGUCGCCUGUGCUGGACUGAAGAGAGAAGAUGAAUGUGGCUCAGAAAAGGGAGUAAAAACUGUCCAAGUGGAAAGUUUCAAACUGAAAUUACACAGCUGAAGAGGAGUUGUAUUUUUCCUGCAGCUCAGGAUUCAUUUAGUAGAAGUCAAGUUCUGGUCAAACAGCCAAAAUACUUUUCACUCAUCUGAUGAAGGCUGAUGUCCCUUUGUAACCCUCAACCUACAUAGUAGGGCAGCACUGAUCUAAUCCUGAUAGUGGAUAUCAGUUUGAUUCUGACUCUCAUAGCUAGAUACAGUAUGAAUGUAAAUGAGAUCCAUGGGGCUGAUCUAUUCAAUGCAGUUCUGUGUUUAUGUCCAUCAUUUAUGCAUACUUAAUCAUGUGCCAUCAGCAUGCAAGUCGGCCUUUGCAUUUUGCUAAGUGUAAAUAGCAUAGCCUGAAGGUAGAUAUACAGAAAAGGCUAGGUGGUUUGGAUCUACUGUAUUUUCUGCUAGUUGCACCAAUACUGUCAAACAGCUUCUUACAGUAUCUGCAUGGUUAAUGUUUUCAGGGGUGGUUGUUGCAUAACAACGUCAAGUCACAUAUCCUCAAGUGUUGAAAUGUGAAGCCAAUGCAGAAGUGCAAAAAAGGGAGUUCCUUGAGUGUCCACUUGAGGCUGGCUGCAGAAGUCAAGAAACUCCCACUAACACCCUUCAUAAAAUACUGAUUUUCAGCUAAAUUAAGUCUUCACAGCCAGGUCAUAAAAAAGUGCUUACAUGUUUGAGUGGAUUGAUUCUUUUAUAAUUAAUUUUCUCAGGAGAUAUUCUAAAAAUGUGCAUAAUGAGGGGCUUUGCUGAGUUGUCUUACAGGUGGACACAAUGUAACUGUGAGCCAGCCUGUCUCACCCCCACCCUGACUAAAGUUUGUUUACCACUCUUUUCAUUGUCUCUGUGUAGUUAUGAAAAACCUGUAUGUCAGCGUAAACUUCUCUUCAGGGUAUUUAUUGACAAAGGUUACAUUACUGAAUGUUCGUAACAACAAAUAUGGAGCUCUGGUGUUGGCCUGUUCUCAUGUUUAACUAUAAAUUGGUUGGACAAAAGUUGCAAGCUGCACAGUGCAGCCAAAGGUCAAACUUACUGGUGACUUGAUUUAGACUACAAUCAAUAAAACACUGUAUCUUACGGCAAGUCAUUUUAAAAGCAGUUAUAGCAGCGUAGAAAAAGAAAAAAAAAAUGGAAAAAUGUCUCAGGUUGCUUUGCAAACACAAUCAGCUCAUAUUUUAAAUUUUAAGGUCAUAGCAAGGCAUUAGUGAUAUCAUUGGAGGUUGUAGAAAGACAGUCAACAUUUUAACAGGUUUAUUUACUUCAUAUUGUUUACAGGUCAAAACAAGCCUGAUGAAGCUUUACACAUGCAUGAUUCCAAGGCUGUGUCCCAACCGCAAUUAGUCCAGAUUCUGGUGGACUAAUGCUAGGGCUGGGUGACAAACCAAAAAUUUACCGAUACCAAAAUUGACAACAAUAACCAACGUCAUUUUACCCAUGUUGAUAUAUUUGGUAUCAAAAAAUAAAUAAAUAAGUUGGUUUUGGAUGUGUGUAGGUAGGCUAUGGUCUCAUGUCCCUUUAAGAUGCUGUCCUACAUCAGAGACGUGACUCCACCCCAUCCAGUCCAUAACAAAGAGGGUGAAAAAGGUGAGGAGAUGGAGGACGGUUCAAACGUUGUAGCGGCUGGAGCGGCGGCUGAAGUAGACGAAGUUAAUGUGGGAGGGGGUGAGCAGCUUGUGGAGUAGUUAUCAUCCCUUUAUCGUUAUCGAAGUAAACUGCUCAAUAUAUUAUGAUAUUGAUUUGAGGCCAUAUUGCCCAGCCCUAGAUAAUGCCAUGAAUAGAUUUUUUUUAACAAGAUAUGAAAGUAUUGACGGUAUUAUUUAGCUAUUAAAGAUUCUGUCGCCAAGUAACGUGGGAGGGGUUUAACUGUGAAAGAUGCACGUCUUUGGCCUGGGUAAAGUAUUGGAGGUGCUGUUGAAGUAGGACAGCCUCCAAUUCACUACAGUAAUGUGCUCACAGAGGCAGUUACAUGUUACUGAAUUAACACUAGUGUUGAUUUUGUGCUCUGUAUUAGUGGUCAGAAUAAUCAAAAUCCAGGCAUUGGUAUCAGCAGCAGGGCUUAAAAAGUUGGAUCAGUGCAAGUCUACCAUGAGGAGAUGAGAAUACAAACUCUGUUAGUGAAUGUGUUUCAAGCCUAACUUAAUAAAUUUUUCAACAUUUUUUUUAAUAUGUAGUCUGCCAUGACCUCUGCUUUUGAUAAUUAUGAAAAAUUGUCUAAGUAUGGUCCGAGUGUUCUCAACAAAUUCAUGGUCUGUCUGUUCAGUGCACACACACACACACACACACACACACACACACACACACACACACACACACACACACACAAAGUCUGUCUGUGUCACUAUGUUCAGUUGGCAAUUAAGAGAAGUGCCUGGCCAAGAGAGCUCUUGACUCUGACAGGCUCUCCAUCUCUUUUGCGCGCGCGCACACACACACACACACACACACACACACACACACACACACACACACACACACACACACACACACACACACACACACACACACAAUUUUCUCUCCCAACCAUCAGGUAGAAUGAGGUGGAUAAGUGUAUAAUUAUGGGAUGUUUAUGACUGUGUUAGCAACAAUUUUACAAUUACUGACUUCCUGGAUGUGCAGAUAUUUUUUUAGACAGCUGUAAAGUGCAGGUGUGAAUAUUGGUCAGAAAAACAGCUGAACUUGAAAACUCUAUCUGAUCUGUAAAUUAUGCAAACACACAACAAACAUGCUAUUUUGUGUUGCAGCUCUCUGAGUUACAUGAUAAGUGAGGAUAGAAGAGUGAACAGUUCAGGAAGUGAAGAGGGUGAAGGCAUUAAAAUCAACAUGUUGUCCAUGUCCAUCCAUUUUAGCAGAAUGAGAGCUCCUUACAGUGUGUUUACAUAAAAGAUCCAUCUUGGCAACAGUGUUACAACUUCAUAAUCAUCUAAUGUCCCAAAUAACAUGCUGUACAUCUAGAAUAAAUACAAGAACGGAAAAUAUGGAGCCCAAGUGAAGUCAAACUGCUUUAUUACUGGUGAACAGAGAUGAAGACCAGAUACUGAAUUGAUUGAUAUGGGAAAGCAGUAUCAGCCAAUAUCAGGUAGUCAUGGUAAAUUUACGGUAGCCGGAGGGAUCAUAUUCUGGGAAACGUGCUUCUGUGACAAGAUAAGUCACAAAUUCACCUUUUAGAAUUGUAUUAUGUAAAUUUAGGAGGGAAAGGGAAUGUAUAACUGCAUCGCGGUCAUUAACAAAAACAUUAAAUGAGUUAAGCUAUGACCUCUGAUAUCCCAGCUUGCUGGUCCCUGCUGUUAGCCAUACAGCCAUGUCAGCAUUCGACAAAGUUUCAGUCACACAGUCAGUAUCAGGGUCAUGUGUAGAUUUUUACUUCUUUUGUGGGGAUUGUUUCAAACUGCACUCGAAACCUUAGUAUUUAUAACUUUGCAUUAAGGAACACUUUGAAAUUAUGUGUAUUAGAAGAUGAGAGCUAAUCGAGUUGUAAUAUAAUGCUAGAGACGGUCACCUUUUCAACACUAACAUGCAGUUAUUUUGAAAAGUUUAGGACAAAGAAAUGUUCAGGGACACAGUGUUAAUGUUAGCAAAAAAACAUCCUUAAAAUUUUUUUUAUCAACAGGCUGUCUUUGUCAACCUGCUUUUUUCUUGACAAACAUCAGCUAAAAGACAUAUCUGAUCUUGUCACCAAGACAAUGAUGAUACAGAAAUGUCCUAAGUGGACUGGUAGCCAGAGAGAAGUAAAAAUCCUAUCUGCUCCAUGGAUCCUUUUCAUUUUCUUUCAUUAACUUUCCUGAUGCAACAAAGACACAACCAGCUACAGAGGCGAUGUGAGCUUAAUUGUUUUUUGCAUCUUUUACCAUUAAUAACUUUGUGUCUAAACCUCAAUUUAUCCUAGUUCUGGUUAGUGCUGUGUCGUUCGCAAAUGAUUUGUUCAAAGGAAUGAAUCUUUUGAAUGAAUGUACUGAACCAAAUCACUUCCUCGAGUGAUUUGUUUGUUUCUCAGCUCAGUUGAGCUGUCAGCAGCGCAGUUGCAUUGCCAGGCGAGCAAUGGCAACACAUAUGAAUGGAAGAAAACAUUAUAAUAAAAAAAAAAAAAAGAAAAAAAAUGCCAGGGAAUGGUGCUUAGUCAUUGUGAAUCCUUCAUUAAAUUUACCGAGGGGUAUACGUUUAGUGAACAAAUCACUCACUGAGCCCAAUUUACCAAGUAGACCAGAUAAAUAGCAUACCAUAGCAUACCAACAGUACACUUAAAUCAUCAUGAUUUAGAGCAAGUUCAUUUUCACAAACGUGUUUGUCAAAGCAGCACAGCCACAACACUCUCAUCUCCGGUCCCAAAAGCCAUGAUCUAAACUGAAACCUGAACCGUUCAGCUUUUUAUCAGUUUAGGAAGUCAGAGUCACAGGCUCCUCUGAAUGAUUUGCUGAUUUGGUGAAUGAAUCUUAUGAAGGAAUCCUUUUAGUACACUGAUUUUAGUUAUUCAGUGCAUCUAAAGAACUGCCCUGCCCAUCACUAGUUCUGGUUUGCGUUGGGGAUCAUUCUGUAGUUAUGUCUGACUCUGCACCAUUGAGGAUGAGGAUGUAGCUGGGUGAAAGACAAAGCUUUCUGUCUCGUGUGCUUGCCCAGGAUGUUUUUUGGGGUUGAGCCCAAACAGACCUGAUUUAUCCCUUUUUUCAACCAAAUUUCACAGUAGAAAUCCAGGUUGGUGCUCAUUGGGCAAUUCAAUGAUUUUAGCAGUUUAAUCAGGCAGAAACAAAUCAUGUUGUCAUCGCAGAUCAGAAAUAGAAGUUUAGAAAUGAUGGGUUCUUUGAGCAAAUGCUGCCAAACUUAGGGGUGGACUAUGCCAGGGACAGCUCAGUGUGUAGUUCAGUGCCGUCAGAUAACCUUUGCCACAUGCUUACACUGUUUAUUAGUUUAAUGAUUGAUUGAUGGGUCAGUUGAUAACCUUGUAUCACACAAUUCAGCCUCUAUAAAUUACACUGUUCUUGUAUUAUUUUGUAUUACAAUAGAGCAAUAAGGUUGUGAAGGAAGGUGGUGGGGCACUUCUCCCACAGUUGGGGGAAGAAGGCAGAAAUAACUGAAGCGCAGAGGGAGCUUAAACUUCAUCACUGAUUGGCCAACAAGAUGGGGGUCCAAAGAAAUGAUAAUUGCCAGAAAGAACAAUUUAUGUAUAAUAAAUCUGAUAUUGCUUACUAUAAUACAGAUAGAUUUGUUUGUGUUUGUUGAGAAAUACAUUAGAAGAGGACCUUGAAAAAAUAAUCAUAUAUUAGAUCACAAAAAAUCACAGUGAGAUUAUUUUCCCAAAUUGUUCAGCCCUAAUUUUCAGGGCUGAUUUACAGAGCUGGGACUCACAAAUAAUCACAUACUCUCUCUCUUCCCCAUUGUAAACCAUCAUCAUGUAGUGAAAGUUAUUUAGAGUUUACCAUCACCCCUGCUGGCCCUGUAGCGCUCACAUUCUACAUCCUUUCUCCGGCCUUACCAAAGCAGAGUUUGUUCAAAAGACGGCUGUAAUCUCACAGGUUUGAUAAAGUCUGAUCCUGCAUAAACAGACAUCCCUCCACAGCUUGUGUUAGUUUGUUUUAACACUGUAUGGGUUCCAGGGGGGAGCAUAAAACCAUUUCUUAGUGAAGCAUAGGGGGAAACAAGCCCAGAGAGUGCUUGUGUUUCUGCUGUUUCUCAAAGCGGGCUGAUGAAAGCUGCUGUCUGGUGUGUGUGUUGUUUGGUCUGGCGAGGGAGGAGACGCAUCACUGACAGCUUCUUCUCUCUGUAAGAUGUUAUUCCCUGUUGAAACAUUUGUUGAGUCAGAGACAGUGUGUGUCUGUUGUGUCUUUGUGUGAGUGAGUGUCUUUCUGUGUCAUUGUAAAAUCUCCUCUGAGUGGUAAUUGAAAAAAAGGAGCACACAUGCCUCAGAUAAUUUGCUGACUGCACAGCACAAAGCACAAUUCAAGCACCUCCUCAUAAAGCUGCUUCUUUUCUCCCUCUUCAUUCACUGUUCCUCCUCUUUCUCUUCUCCCAGGUGAGCCUGAUGCACAAUGGCUGGCCAGUGAUAUCGGCGUUUGCCGGAGACCAGGACGUGACACGCGAGGCAGCCAGUAAUGGUGUUCUGAUUCAGAUGGAGAAGGGAGACCGGGCCUACCUCAAACUGGAGAGAGGAAACCUCAUGGGAGGAUGGAAAUACUCCACCUUCUCUGGCUUCCUGGUGUUCCCUAUGUAG